AUGACUGAUAUCUCGACUGGUGUUCAGCUCAAGCCAGGGAUAGGAGAUGGCACCGUCUACAAUGGUAACAUGUCCAAGGAUACUUUGGUGAACUGUAGCCCUGAUCCAGAAAAUCCAGAAAAAGGACAAGCAAGCUCACCAAGAACUCAAAUUUCAGUCGACGACAAUGAGGAAUCCACGACAGAAUAUCCAUCCUCUUGGAAGCUGGCCAUGAUUAUGAUCAGUCUAUGCCUUGCGGUCUUCUGUUUGGCACUGGAUACGACGAUUAUGGCCACAGCGAUCCCCAAGAUUGCUGAUCAGUUCAACUCCUUAAACGACGUCGGGUGGUACGGCAGCGCCUAUCUCCUCACAACCAGUGCUUUGACACUCAGUUUUGGAAAGCUGUACAGCUUCUAUUCGAUCAAAUGGGUUUAUCUGCAGGCACUUGGUAUGUUUGAGAUCGGCUCCCUGAUCUGCGGUGCCACUCCCAAUUCACUGGGAUUGAUCAUCGGACGUGCUAUUGCCGGCUCCGGAUCCGCGGGCAUCUACUCUGGAUCGAUGCUGAUUGUCGCGCGGUCUGCGCCACUGGAACGAAGGCCGCUUUUGACCGGCAUACUGGGCGGCCUGUUCGGCGUUGCCAGCGUGGUUGGGCCGCUCAUCGGCGGUGCAUUCACGGACAAUCUUAGCUGGAGAUGGUGCUUCUAUAUCAAUUUACCCCUCGGAGCCGUUACGGGACUAUUCCUCAUAUUGUUCUUUGAUGGAGCCAAGGCGACCACCCAGCGCGCUACGAUCAGGGAUCAACUAUCGCAACUUGACCUGCUAGGGUCCCUUUGCUUCUUACCAGCUAUCAUCUGCGUCUUGUUAGCACUGCAAUGGGGGGGCACGACAUAUCCCUGGCAUGACGGCCGUAUUAUCGCCUUAUUCACCGUCUUUGGGGUUCUACUCUUGGCCUUUGCCGGGGUCCAGUGGUGGCGACAGGAGAAAGCUACCGUACCUCCACGCCUGAUCGCGAACCGGAAUGUGUGGGGAGCUGCACUUUUCUCUUUCUGUCUCAAUGCGUCCUUUAUCAUCUUCACCUACUAUCUCCCGAUGUGGUUCCAAAGCAUUAAAGGUGUCACGGCAACCCAAUCCGGCAUUAUGAACCUCCCGAUGGUGCUAGCAGUGGUGAUUUUCUCCAUUAUCUCCGGCGGGCUAGUCGGAGCCCUGGGGUACUAUACACCGUUCAUGGUGAUCGCACCUCUGAUCGCAGCCAUUGGGGCCGGACUACUCUCCACCCUUCGAAUGGACUCCAACAACGCGUCCUGGAUCGGAUAUCAAAUCUUAUACGGUGUCGGUGUAGGCUGUGGACUUCAACAGCCCAUCGUAGCAGUGCAAGGCUCCCUUGCCCCCGCCGAUCUACCCACCGGCACCGUGAUCGUAAUGUUCAUGCAGACAAUCGGUGGCGCCAUCUUCAUGUCCGUCGGCCAGAACGUAUUCCAAAACCAACUAAUGCGAAACUUGGCCACGCAAGCUCCGAGCGUCGAUGCGGCUAGAGUGCUCCAGGCUGGGGCAACUAUGUUGCGGAAAACCGUCUCCAGUGAUUUGCUUCCAGCCGCGUUGCGCGCGUAUAAUUCGGCCAUCACCGAGGCCUUCUAUGUUGCUGUGGCUAUGGCUGUGCUUGCGCUUCCUGGGGCGUUGGUUAUGCAGUGGAUUUCUGUUAAGGGUCGACAGCUCUAG